GUCCCCACUCAAUGCCAAACUCCGUUCCGCGAUUGCCGUAGUUGCGACCGUUUCAUUGCUCGAAGAGGCUUUGAACCGGCGUGUGACCACUUUCUGUAAUUGACAGAAAAUAUUUAAUUUCUAUCAACUACAUUAUGAUACCCACACAAUCCACAGAAAGCUUACGGUGUCGAUUCUGGGGAACUACACGUUGAUCGUGCCGGGACGUGUCACCUUGAAUUCUGCCUGCCUGGAAUGGUUGGUCAUCGGUCGCGGCUAACAUAAAGCUAACCAGCGUUUCUGGUAAACCCCCGCCACACAGUUAUUGCAGCUGGCCGUGGUCGGAUGUGGGUUGGUUUUAACGUUUACCUAUGUCUAAGGAUUUUCUAUUAGGUUUUGUGUCUUUUUUACGCGGAGUUUUAAAAUGGGAGUAGUACUGCGGAACCUCCAAAAGGUGGUGCCUAUUCGCCGGGCCAGACUGCGCAAGGAUGUUAACACACUGAGACACAUACUGGGCAUCCAGAAAUUUGAUUUGGGCAUCAUUUGCGUGGAUAACUUCAAGAUUCAGCAAAUUAAUAGCAUCUAUAGAAAGAAAAAUAUGCCGACGGAUGUCCUCUCAUUUCCGUUUUACGAGGACCUAAGGCCUGGUAAGCUGCCUUGCCCUCUCCACAGGGAUGAGCUGAACCUUGGGGACAUUUUCUUGGGGGUCGAGUUUGUGAUGAAGCAGUGUCAGGAGGAAUCCCUAGAUCUGCAUGGUGCUCUUACUGUUGUAACUGCACACGGUAUCUGUCACCUGUUGGGCUACAGGCAUGAGACAGAGGAAGAGUGGACUGAGAUGCAGCAGAGGGAAAACUACAUUCUAAGUGAGUACAACAGACUCACAGGGCGUCAUCUGGAGCCACUAAUGAAGAGAUGCAGUCAAGAUAGGUGACAGUGACUGUGACCUGCUACUUUUACAGUUAAACACUGCACUGGGUGCACUAUGGUGCUUGAUAUUGCUUGUACACUGUCCUGUAACCAGAAGGACUGUUUUAUUUACUGUCCUGCCAUGGAUGUCCUCUCAUUUCCAUUUAAGGACACAGAUUGCUGUCAAAUUCACAACCAAUGUUUGCAACUACUAUUUUAUGAAGGACUUCAGACAUGCAGCUACUGAUUCUGUGGACGGUGGACAUCCUGAAACACUGGAUUCGAGUGUUAUAACAAAAGUUUUCAACAUCAAAUUAAAAAGUCUGUGCACUUUCACUGUAAUAUUUUAUUAAAAUCUGCUUUAGGAAGA